UGGGGUGCAUGAAAUCUGCAGUUUUCUACUUGUGCGUUUUGUAUUCUCCAUGAUGAACCGUCCAUGGUGGUUGAUUAUCAUUUUGAUUCAUCAUUGCUAUCGUGUAGCGGCAGACGAUGGCGGUGACUACAAUAAUUUGGAUUUGGUGCCGGUGCCCUUCCCGAUUUUCUCCGCCGAACCCAUGGCACAAGAACAGUGCCGCUUGCAGUUCACCGAUAACUGCCAAUCAUGGGCAACCACGGUCGAAAACUGUCCAACAAGUCCGAUACUGCAAAUCAACUGCAACAGCAGCGCCACCUCUCACGAAAUCCAGCAAAUGGCGAUCGGUUUUGCCAAGCCUCCACUGCGCGCCGUGUGGGUAACGAUCAAUGACAGUGAUCACGUGGCGUUUGACACUUUCGCUCCGGUGCGACAGCAAAUUGUCGGGUUCUCGCUGUACAACUGUACGUCAAUUCGCGCGACCGGCAAAAUAUCCUCAUUCCGCUUAUCCAACGUCCUGGAUCUGUACGUCGAGAGUUGCUACAAUCUCAAAAUCCGGCGGGGGGACUUUUGGCAUUCGCUGAAAGUGCGGCAAAUUACUUUCGCCAAAUCGACCAUUCAGUCCCUGGAAAAGCUGACCUUCACCGAUCUUCCCGCUUUACGGUUAUUGUCACUGGAAAACGGGUUCGCCCAGAUGCCGGUGUUUAGUACGGAAAUUCGCGCUUAUUUAAAAGAGCUGCAUUGUGGCGCGGUCUUUGAAUGGUUUCGGGAAUGGUGGGAAAACAAGCACCUGAUGAAAAGCUUGCGUGCUACAGAGCUGUAUCAGAUCCACCCGUUUCCCGACGGCAACGAUGCCAAGAAUAAGAGCGACAUUUAUUUGCCUGUCGAUUGCGCAGCAAAACCGUUUCCUACCGGAACGUCGUCCAUCGAUUUCAAACAAGAACGGUUCUCUGUCAACGAUGACCUUUAUAAAGAAACCAGGCAGCCAGGCAAUCCCGACAACAGUGAUACGGACGACCGUUAUCCCGAGUUCUCCGCCGAACCGUUGUCCGCGGAAGAGUGUGCCACGCAGGAGUUGUCCUCCAGCGAACGGCAUAACUGUACAGCUGAUUCGCGUUUAGCGUACGAAGUUUUGGAGCAGGGCGAUGACAACAACAGCAGCGCGGUUGUAAACCGCAUCCACCGUGCGGUGAACGCGAUGACCCGAUUACCGAUUCGACCAGUUAUCGUCGAUCUGCAGGACCGCGCUCCGCUUGCCUUCACCGAUAUGGCACCGAUUCGCAAGCGGAUUGUCGUCUUCUGGUUAAGCGAAUGCGUUAACGAAAGGGUCACGCGCAAACUGCACGACCUAUACUGGACCAACCUCAUGGAGUUUGUGACCUUUAACUGCUCCGAUCUGGUUAUUAUGAAAAACGAUUUCGCAAAUUCUUUGAAAUUGCGGCAGAUUAUGUUUGUGAACACGACUAUCCGGACGUUGGAGGAGAACACCUUCGCGAAUUUACCAUCACUGGUAGCGCUAUCACUGCAGCAUAGGCUGAAAAAUUUGCGAUCGUACGACGAGGAAAUGGCCGAUCCUCGUGCACCGGUUAUGUUUACGCAACGCAUCCUCGACUAUCUUUUUCGCCUGCACUGCGGCUGUGAGUUCGCUUGGUUUCGACGGUGGUGGAGUAACAAUACAGCGCGACUCACUACACCAAUAGCAGACGACGGCGGAGUGUACCACAUUUUCGGUGGUAUUUUUAGCUUCACCAAGUACGCACGAGAUCACAUCUCUAUCGACUGCGCGAAACCGAUUCCAUUAGGAGCGGAAUUUAUUGCUAAUCAAAGUGAAUUUUCCAUAAACGCUUUAGAAUGCUAACGGAUGCUACUGUUAUUCGAAAUCGCCUAAUACUCGAAGUCUCGAAUGCUACUUCGAAGUAAGUACUAUUAAUUUGGUGUAAGGAGAACCACACUUGCGAUUUUUUUGCAAUUGUGAUUGCGAUUGUGAUUCAAAAAAGUUAUGUUAUAAGGCGUAGAUGCGAAUACCAGUCGAGCA